AUGUUUCUUUCAGUGCUGAAUACACUCCUCUCCUGUGGACUCACUGAAUUGUCCAACAGAAGCUUUGUCGUGCUGCAACACAACUGGACUCAGAUAUUCAGCGGUGAGACGAUCUCUGUCAGGUGUGAGAUCCAGGGAGGAGGAGACACCCAGUGGGAAUAUGAAUGGAGGACAACAAGCUCCCACCAACCAGUCACUGGUCCAAACACAGCUCCCACACACAGUGAAUACAGGCUGGGCCCUGCCUCUGUUUUCCACAGUGGAGAGUACUGGUGUAAGGCCAGAGCGGACUGGUAUUCCUCAACAGAGUGGAGUGAGGCCUUCCAGCUGAGAGUAACACGUACGUCCAAUCAUCUUUCACAACCUCCACGAGGACGUUACGUCUUCACCUCUUUCUAUUGGUUGUUCUUAGCAGGACCAGCAAAGUGUGAUCUGGAUGUGGACCUCAAGUGGUCCAUGAAUGCCGAUAAACCCAGGCCCAGGCUGACUGCUGAUGACACAACCAUCACAGGAAAGGGAAGCGUAGCACUGACCUGCUCUGUGGAGAACGCGUCUGAGUGGAGAUACGACUGGUUCAGAAGAACCUCAGCCUCCUCUGCAGCUCAGAUCCUAAGAUAUAAUGAAACAGAUGAUGAAAUCAGCAUCUCAGAGGAAGGCAUCUACAGCUGCAGAGGACGGAGAGGAGACACAAGCUUCCUCACAGAGGACAGCAACCGAGUCACAAUAGAGAACAGAGUUUCCCACAAGGCCUCUGUGGUCCUGCAACCUGACUGGUCUCUGGUCUUCAGCGGUGAGAGGAUCACUGUCCGGUGUGAGGUCCCUGCAGAUGAACUGACUGAGUGGGAGUAUGAAUGGACCCAACCCAACUCAACUACGGCUCCAACACACAAUGAACACAGGAUUGUCAACGCGUCCUCGUCCGACAGUGGAAGCUACAGGUGUUUGGCUAAAGACAAGAAGAACUUGAAUUCCACGACCGAGUGGAGCGAUGACGUCACAUUAACAGUUUCUGAAAGACCAGCGGCUCAGCUGAGUGCUGACCACAGAGCCUUUCCAGUAGGGGGCAGUGUGCUCCUGACCUGCUCCGUGGGCCCAGCAUCACCUGGAUGGAAGUAUUACUGGUACAGAGGUGAGAAGACCUCGGAGCCCCUGACGGAUGAGGACUUCAAGUCACAUGGACAAAGUGCUAGUGCCUCACGUGAAGGACUGUACUGGUGCAGAGGAGGAAGAGGAGAUCCAGUUUACUACACCCAGUACAGUCACUCAGUCAGGAUUCAUGGAAUCGUCCACAACAGAGCUGCUGUGACUCUUCAACCCAACUGGCCGAGCAGAUACAGAGGAGAAGCCGUCACCCUGAGGUGUGAGAUCCAGGGAGGAGACUCUGAGUGGGAGUAUGAAUGGACAGCAACUAGCUCACAUGCACCCCCCAACACAAAGGAGUUCAGGACCAGUCUGGGGUCAGAUCUGAGAGCCAGCUACUGGUGUCAGGGCCGACUGAAAGGUGCAUGGCAGAACUCAACAGGAUGGAGUGCUCCCCUCACGUUGGACCUGUCUAAUGUUUCAGCGGCUGCACCACCACCUGUCCUCACUGUGUCUCCAUCAUGGCUGACUCCUGGAGCCUCAGGGACUCUCACCUGUGGGGGGGUUCCACAUCCCACUGCAGGAUGGAGGUUCUACUGGUACAGAGCUGACCCCAUUAGUUUGGAUCCAGUCCCCAGAUGUAAACAGUCAUCUCUAUACUCGUGGUAUGAUUUUCACUUUCCUGAGUUCAGUUAUGAGCUGCUCCCAGGAAGCGACGGAGGAACUGAACAAAACUCCUUCGUCAUCCAAGGCCUGACGGAGUCAGCAGGUUAUUCAUGUCGAGCUGGAAGAGGAGACCCCGUGUUUUACACUGAGUACAGUGAGACAACGUGGGUGUGGUCUGGAGAUUCCAACUCGUCAGUGUCUCUCACAGCGAAGCCGGACUCAGUGCAGCACCACUAUUAUGACGAGAUCCGUCUGACCUGUGAGGGAAACUCUGAUAAGUGGAGAUUGUGGAUGUUUACUGGAGACAAAGUAGAAUUGUUCGAGUGCGAGUCUCAGGAGACAAGCUUCACAUGGAUCAUGGAUCGUUUUGAUUCUGGAGUUUUCUGGUGUGGAUCUGGAUCAGAGAUCAGCAACGCAGUCAACAUCACUAAAGUUGGAGGUGAUGUUAUCCUGGAGAACCCUGCCCAUCCUGUGACUGAGGGACACUGCUGCACCACCACCUGUCCUCACUGUGUCUCCAUCAUGGCUGACUCCUGGAGCCUCAGGGACUCUCACCUGUGGGAGGGUUCCACAUCCCACUGCAGGAUGGAGGUUCUACUGGUUGGAGGUCGUGAUGUUAUCCUGGAGAGCCCUGUCCGUCCUGUGACUGGGGGACAGUCAGUCACUCUCAGCUGCUCACUGUACGAUGGAAACUUCUAUUCCAACAUCUCUUUCUACAAAAAUGAUGAACUCCUCCAAAGUGAUGUCAGAGGGAAACUGGAAAUCUCAUCUGUGUCAAAGUCAGAUGAAGGUUUCUACAAGUGUGAACAUUCAGGAGUCUUCUCAAAGGAGAGUUGGAUGUCAGUAAAAUUGACUCCUGCAGCACCUCCCUCUGCGUCUCCUGUGCUGCUGCUCGUUGGGCUGGUUGGAGGCUUCACACUGAUUCUCCUCCUCUCACUGCUGCUGUUGUGUUGGUGCAGGAAUUCAAAGAAUCUGUGUUGUGACAGGCUCAGCCAGUCUCUGAGAACCAAUCAGAGCUCAGACCCAACUGUCCACCACGAUGAAAUCCAGCUGCCAGUGUACUCGUCUCUUCUCCACGGUGACGACUGCAUCUAUGAAUCAAUCAGAGGAGACACGGAGGAAGGAACCCGAGGUGGUCCAGAGGAGACGUCUGACUACGUUAAUGAAAAUCCACAUUCAGCUUCAGGAGGACUAUGAAUGGUGCAUCCUCCAGAAAACAAGAGCAUGAAAAUCAACAUUCAUCCUGAAACACCUUCACAUGUUAGACUCACCAGUUUUAAAACAGCUCAUUGGAAAGAACGACUUGAUCUGGAUUGAAUUUCAGUAUAAAUGAAAAAUAAAUGUUGUGAUAUUUGCUUUGUGUUUACGUUUGAUAUUUCAAUUGGCUGAUAUGGGCCUUUUAAGAUAUGCUCCGAUAAGGUUUAUUUUACAGGAUAAACAGUGUGCUUUAUGAUAAUAUUUUAUAUUGAACAUUUUUUGUCUUAAUUCAAGUUCUUAUUUCUUAUUAGUCUUAUUUGUGUUUUCUUUCAAUUUAUCUUUAUCUCUUUAUAAAAUAUUGUUUUACUUGAGCUUUAUUGCAAUUUUAUAUAUAAGCAAUAGUUUUUUGCUCCUUCAUAUCGCUAACGGCAUUGGCCCCUAAAAAAAAUUAUUCUGUAUAUUUUUGCCACAGUCUUGCAACAAAAGUUUGAAUACAAUCUGUGAUAUUUUCCAUUUGUACGUAUAAAUAUGUCUUUGUUAUUAUUCACCAAUGACUCAAUGGAGGAUGAUGUCAGAAAGGACAUCGUCUGUCUGUGUGUUAUGUUCCAUAUACAGUCUGUGGUUAUGUUCCAUAUACAGUCUGUGGUUAUGUUUCAUAUACAGUCUGUGGUUAUGUUCCAUAUACAGUCUGUGGUUAUGUUCCAUAUGCAGUCUGUGGUUAUGUGUGAUUAUUUCCAUGGCUUGUAAUUCUCUGUUUGAUGAAAACACUCGUCUGCAGACAGUUUAGCUUUUUGUUUUGAAAUGUGAUGAACUGUAACAGAUUAUAAUUCAAACACAUAAUUUGAUGUGUUCUUUCUUUUAUCUUUAUUAAACUUUGAAAUCCCA